GUUGCGUGCUCAGUCAACGACGGGCAGCUGGCGUGAACAGUUCGCAGUUCGCUAAACGCAGUUCGAAACGGUUAACGGCUCGACGACGGUCGCGCGUUUGCUUGGCGUGCCAAAAAGCAAGAGCAAACAAACAAACACACACACAGAGCAUUGAAAAUAAAAUUUUGCCAAAUCCAUUCAAAAUUGGUUUUUUCAAUCGCAACGCGAAGAAAUGCGACGCGGCAUUCAACGAACAGCCAAAUCAAUUCACAAAUAAAUCAAAGCAAACAAAUAAUCACACAGUUAAAUAAAAUUAAAUAUACAAAAAGUGCGUGAAUAAUCAACUGCAGUUCUAUAACCCAUAUAUAUUCAUCUAUACACUUAUACAUAUAUAUAACGAUCAAAGUGCAGCAAAGAGAACGCUCUCAACAAAUCCCAAUCUACGCGCCUCAAAACGCCCCUUGAAAAUAAUUUGUGAAGAGAAAAUAGGAACAAAAUAACAACAACAACAACCAGCAAAAGCAUGCUGAUGCACACCACAUCGACCACAUCGACGGCAACGAUGACCAACUCAUCCUCCUCGGCCACGCCCACGCCGGGCUCGACAUCGUCCAACAACAGCGCCACGCUGGAAACGCUGCAACAGCAGCAGCAACAACAGCAGCAACUGCAACAUCAACUGCAGCAAUUGCAUACGACAACGUCUAACAAUUCGCGUCCACCAUCCCGAGCGCCCUCCAUACUGGACAGUCCGACGCUGGCGCGUGUAGAGCGGGCUCGUCUGCGUCUGGAGCAGCAGGAACGGGAACGCGAACGCAGCAGCCAGCGCAGCAGUCAGGGGGGCGGCGGAGGUGGCAGCAGCAGCGGCACAGGCAGCACAGCGACAACCAUGAAUCGUGAGGAUAGCCUGGAGCGCAGCAUAUUGGAUCCAAAGAAAGAUGCGGCGCCAUGGCAUCAGAUGUGGACGCAUAUGAAACGCCUAUCGCACGCCUCCAAAGUCAACUCGACGAGCAGUUUGACAGCACAGAAAACAGAUGUGGGCGUUGGCCAUCAUCACCUGACAGCAAACAACAUUACAACAGCAACAACAACAACAACACAAUUAGGAACAACAACUACAACAAUUAAUGGUGACACAGGCACAGGCAGAGGAACAAUGCCAGGGAAAUGCAUAUUAUUCCCGGAUAAGACGUCCUCACUGAAAAGUUCCAUGUAUACGCAACAGGUGUACUUCAGGCCCGAUAUGCAAUCACUGCUAGCGGGUCGCAUACCUGUGGCCUCCAUGACGGGACCAAUUAAACGCGGACUGCUGUGGCAGCAACGGGAUCGUCUCUUCUCGCGCUGGAAGGAAAGAUAUUUUGUGCUCACCCGUGAUUAUUUGCAUUGCUUUAAACGUGCCUCGGGCUCGGCCAAUGAACGUGCCUCGGAUAUGGGACAAUUUAUAUUUAAGGUAAGUCAAUUUUAGUUAACUCAAACAUUUAUG